AUGCCUUUGAUAAUUUCAAUUUAUUCCAACGAAUAUGAUAAAUAUGGUAAUGAAAUAGCAGGUUCAUUAAAAGGUUUGUCGUGUUUUCAACAGGUCGAUGAUUAUAAUUUAAUUUACACCGUUUCCAAAGAUUCAUUUAAUACAUUACCAGAUAUGUUAAUCGAUCAAAACUUUUUAGCGCGUUUUAUAAAUAUCAAUUUCAGAGGAGAGAUUUUAUCAUUCAGUGAAGUGCCUGUAUUUAUAGAUUAUAAUAUUAAAACAAAAAAUUUUAAAAUUACAAUUAAUAUUAAAAAAAAUUAUUAA